AUGCGAUCCUCGGGGCUCAUUAGUUUCGCUUUGGCUUUCAGCCUACAGCAUGCCUCGGCGCAGGAUUGUCCUAACGGAAUGAUCGAGGUCGAUGUCCAGACCAUUACAUCUAUCAUCCAGCACCCUUUCCUCAUUACAGGCUAUGUACGAGCCAACACUGUGGUCACCGUAGGCGGCGGCCUGCCGUUUGAGAUCAUGAAUGCCCCAGUGGACAUCAGCACCCAGAUCACUUCGACCGAGUACUCGACAAGGACGGCAACUGCAAUCCAGCAGAUCAGCGGUAGCGGUGGGGCCGGGUUCCGCGGACCAAACAACCCAGUGCCUACCGUACCUGGUACCGUAACAGCGGGCGCUUCGUCUUCAUCCGCUGGAAGAUUGGAUGGUCCUGCCGGCAUUCCAAACAGCCCUCAACAGAGCACUGCGGUUCUCCCCGGAUAUGUUACGACAACGGUUGGAGGUGGCAGCGGACAAUCUCGGACCACGAUUACGAUCUAUCCCUCCGGUACUAGGUCCGGCACUAUUGUCGUGAUCACGCCGGCUCCGCGGACAAACGGCCCCGUCAUCGGCGGUGGCGGUGGGCUCACGACCAUCACCGAGCCAGGCGCUUCGGCGGGAAGAAUCACGAUUCCUGGCGUUGGUUCGACCGCGCAGGGGACUGUGGUCGUCGUCACGCAGGCGCCGAACCCGUUCAACGGGCCCUUCGUCACGAUCACGGUGGCAGGGCCUCCCGGUUCUCGUCCUACGCGGUACACACUAGAUCCCAUCAAUGGAGGUGCAACUGGCACCGUCAUUGUACAGACGCCUGGCGUUUCGGCCUUCAACGGCCCUUACACGACGAUCACGUACGGCUACGACGGACCCGUGACGCAGACCAUCACGCUCCAGCCUGGCGCCUCGGGGAGCGAAGGCACCGUCAUCCACCAGAACGUCUACCACGAGCAGGACGUCCACCUCGAGCCCCACCGCGAGCGUGGACCCGAACAACCCGGACCCGAACAACCCGCCAGGCCCCUGCACGCCCAAUCCAGGCGCCAACGGGGCGCCGUUCUGCCAGGUCUCGCUCCCGCCGGCGUGCCAGCGCCUGAACGGCAUCAUCGUGGCCGUAUCGCUGCUCGACCUCGCCGGCUGCACGCUGGCACUGGGCGGCAGGGCGGUGGGCGACGUGGCGCAGUGCCUCGCGUCGACCCUGCUGGCGGGCCCGUCCGUCGUGAGCUGCCUGACGACCUACCUCGUCGGCACGCCCUGCAUCACGAACCUCCCCGCGCCCUGCCUCGAGCUGGUCGUCGACGUCAACGCGGGCUCGACGCUCAACAACGACGUGCGGCUCUGCGGCAACGCGCUGGGGCCGUACGCGGGCGGCGCGGCGGCGCAGGCGUGCCUCGACACGAGCGUCAACUACGACGGCAUCGGCAUCGUCGCCUGCCUGCAGACGGCCUUUGGCUUCCCCGUCGUCAGCCCGACCCUGCCGCAGGGCUGCCCGGGCGCGCCGGUGCCGCAGCCGCGGUGCCCCAUCACGGCGUCGGCGCUGCCCAGCGCGUGCACGACGCUCGUCAACUUCAACGGCCUCACGCUCCUCGUCGAGGUCCCGGUGUGCCUGCUCGCGCUGGGCGCCGCCGGCGCCGUCGGCUCGAUCGCCAACUGCCUGGACACGGGGUCCAUCACCAUCUUCACGCAGGGGUCCUCGAUCGUGUCGUGCCUGACCUCGGCGCUGUCGGUCAUCGGCCAGGGCGCCUGCCUGACCACGCUGCCGGCCGUGUGCGCCAGGAUGGCGGGGCUCGUCGACACGGCGGCGCUGGCGGCGCAGGUGGCGCUGUGCACGACGGCGCUGCGCGUCUACGACGCCAACAACGCCGUCUCGGUGUGCCUGGGCAACGCGUCGUCCGGCGGGCCGUCGAUGGUCGACUGCCUCAACUUCCGGCUGUUUGGCAUCGGCCAGGACCCCUUGGUGUCGCUUGGCUGAAGGGGAGGAUUGUCAGAUGA